AUGAGACAUAAUUUGGGUUUGAUAAACAUUGGGAAAUAGAUAAAUCGUACUGAAGAGUAAGAAUACUUUCUACAUAUCCGGUCAUAAUUAAUUGAAUCUCCAUAUGAGAAUAAGGAUAUUUAUAUAAAGAAUUUUGAAUCACUUAUGUAGACAAAAUUAGAAGGGUUUUAAUUGGAUAAGGCUUAUUUCACAAAAAUAAAGAAAUAUUUUGAAGAGUAAAGAUUAUUAAGAUUGAAUAAAUUUGAUGAAUAAAAAAAAUAAUAGAAAUGA